GCAACAACGACGGGUCAACGUUGGCCACAACCACCUGCAGCUUCGCGCGGAAGCGGGUCGAAAAACGUGAUCUCCUGAACCAGGACAAAAUGGGCACCGAAACAAUCCAGCAGCUCGCCGGUGCCGGCGGUGUCGGCCAUCAGCAGCAACAUCUGCAUCAACAGCGACAGCACAAUCAAGUUAACGCGCAGCCACAACCGUUCCUGGCCGAUGGUGGGGCUGCAUUUGCCGGGGAUUCGGUGAAAGUCCCUGGUGAAGCCGCUACACAUCCUCACCUGAACGUUUUCGGUCUCAAUCAUCCGCACAUCCAUCCGCCAGCGGGUGCCGGAACUAAGCUUCCAGCCGUCGUCGGCAUCUAUCGUCCACCGGCGGCCCGCCGUGCACUGAAGCUAGCGGAAAAGGCUCUUCAUCAGCUCGCUCCACCGGCCGCUUGUGAAAAUCCGAGCGAUUAUAACCAUCGUGAUUCGUUGGGGAGCACGGAACAUGUGCGCCGCCACACCGAAGUGACCACUAUCGAUAAGGCUUCGAGUACGCCAGAUAACACCGAAAGCGGCGGUCUAAAAACCAGUCCAACGUCGGAAGACGACGGCAGCAAGUGUCCAACGCAGGCAUCGUCGCCCGUUACCGACGGUGCACUAGGAAGUGUCUCCGCAAGCGUUGAAUGCAGCAGCGUCAACAGUUCCGUGGUAUCUCCCACAAGCGCAAGGACCAAUCGUCCCCACCGUGAGCGACGUCCCGAUCGGGCUGUCUACAUUCCGAGGGCUCGCCGCAGUCUAACGACACCCCCGGUAACAACAUCAUCACUGCUUCCGGCAACAACAACAGCAACGACGGGCCCGAAUGAAACUGUGAGCAAAGCUGCUGACGGACUCACUACCAUCUCGAAUUCGGAUACACCGCUACCGAAAGGUACAUCACGAGUAGUUGCCGCAAACCGGACGCAACAACUAACUGCGGAUGCGAUAGGCCCAUCAGGAGUACCCUCUUGUUCAGUUGUGGUCCCUCCCGAAGGAACAGGAAGAUUGAAAGUCAAGCAAAAGCCACACAAUUCUACGGCAGGGCCAGCUUUAGAAAACUCGUUGGCCAAGGGGCAAUUGCACAAUAACACACCCAUACUGCUAAACUGUGAUAUCGCGGCAGAAGAAUCAUCCAAGCGAAGGGCUGCCCAUCUCGGGGAUCAUCGCGCACCGGUGGAAGCAUUCAAGAAACGGAGUUAUAGUCUGGAAGAACAUAACUCAUCGGUACAAACCAUUACCGCGUCAUCGCUGGACGAACGAUUGCAAAUCGUAACCGAAGUAUCGCGCGGGAACGAACUGAAAACGCGUCAACAACAAUCACCUGGUGAGGAGUGUACGAAAGCGGGCAGUGAAAUUGAACAACCCGAAGAUCCGGCAAACGUGCACUCGAGAUCGAACGAAACAAACAACGAAACCACGAUGCAUCGUAACAACAAUCGUAAUCGUAACGCCAAAAACGUCCUGAACGGCGCCGGUAUGAUCAUCAACAACCGCCCCACCGAAGGGGACAAGAUCGAUCAUGAUGAGAAGGAACUGCGGCGGGCCUCGCAGGAGAUGAACCGCAGCAAUCGGCGCAUUAUGAAGCAAACGUUCAACUCGGACGUGCUGGAAAUUGACGAACCGUCGGCCCCGCCACCAUCGGCCCAGGUAGGGUUGGGUAAAAAAGUGAUCGACAAAAAGAUGGUGGUGAUGUCCCAGAACGGAGGAGGGGAUACUAACUUUGGGGUGGGUGUUGGAAAACCUCCUGGAAUAAUUGCUACAAGCAACGGUAGUGGCGGUUCGCCCACCGGGAAGGCUAGUGAAGGUGAAGAGGCGGGUGAUGAUGAGGAUGAGGAGGAGGAGGACUGGGAGUCGAUGUACGACGACAACGGGGAUUGCCUGAAUCCGAAGAUGCUUGAAGAACUGACCACGGCCGUCGGGAAGGUGUCGAUCGAAGUUCCCCAAACGGAUUAUAAGUCGUACCAAACGAAGCAGGCUGUAUUGAAUGACGAAGAAUUUCCCCACGUACUGGAGGUAUCGAAUUUUCCGGCCGAGUUCAAGACGCAGGAUCUAAUGAUGCUGUUCUCGCAGUACAAGGAAUCCGGAUUCGAUAUCAAAUGGGUCGACGAUACCCAUGCACUGGCUGUGUUUAGCAGCUCAAAAAUAGCUGCUGAAGUUCUUGCAACGGGACACUCGUUCGCGCGGGUCAAACCGCUUGCCGAGGCAACUUCUGAAUCGCGAUCGAAGGCGCGCAAAUGCGCCAGCUCUCUCCAGCCUUACCGCGCCCGACCGGAAACGUGUGCCGCCCUGGCCCGCCGGCUGGUCACCACGGCGCUCGGUGUUCGGCUGAAAACGGCACCAGAGGAAAGGGAAAAUGAACGUCGUGUCUUACGUGAAGCCAAAGAACGGAAGCUCCUUGCGGCCAAACAACGUGAUGAAGUGUGGGACAGUUAGUGUCGGACGACAUGUUCGAAUGUGUGAAUGCUUGCCAAACCAUCACCACCCGUAUGAUGGUUCAUCCAUUAUUUCACGUACGCGUUGUGUUGCUGCCAUAACGAUUAACUAACCACGUUGCAUUGUGCUGGAAGGAAAAGGAAAGUUAAAGAUCUCGGUUUAAGAAAACGCCACACCCUUGCACCCCCUUUAAAGCAGCUGCAGGAUGCAAAGUGCGUGCUGUAUGAUAGAGAAAUAAGCGAAAGGGUAGCUGUGUGCAUUUUUAGUUUAUGUUUUAAUUCAUUAUCAAAGUAUUUGUAAGUGUGAUGAUUGUAAAGAACACGAAAGCAACUUCAACCACCUGCGCCAGGGGGACACGACGCAUACACAGUGAAAACACCAUGGCACAUUGGUUGGUUGUUUCCUUUCAACCUACUCCACUCGUCAUCAGUUGCAGACUUUUGAUAGCAGAGCAGUUAGCUAGUUAAAGUUCCCGACAAAAAAUAAAGUAUAUGGAUGGAAAGUGUCCUCUCCAACAUGUAUACAGCAUACGUCAUCCGUUUAGGAAACACAAAUCUUGUAAAAUCUACAAUAAACCAUAGAACCGGUAGCAUAUUAGCCAUCCAGAAUGGAUCAUAUAUUUAUAUUUAAUCCUUUAUAUAUACACGAUGUAUAAUGGCAAGGAUUGCAGAUUUUGCAACUCAGUGGUCGUUACGUUUAUAUUUUUAUUUACAAAAACGAUGCUAUUACGAUAGCUGGAGCAGAUCUAAAUAAAAGUAAGAAAUUGAA